AGGAUGGGAGGCUGCUCAGCAAAUACAGCCGCCGUCUCCACGGCAGCGAGGCUUUACUUUUGCUGGCAGUUCCCAGGUGACACUAGGGUUGGAGGGCUUCCGGCCGGAGGCUAUUAGAUGGAACACCCGGAAGGCGGAAGUCCUAAGACGGAAGUGGUCGACAGGAACGGAGAAUGGCGGCGGCGGCGGUGGCGGCGGCAGGCUGGGUUUGGCGCUGGGGCUGGGGCCGGCGAUGCCCGGGGAGGCCUGGGCUUCCCGGCCCCGGCCCUGGCCCCACUACACUUCUACUUUUUCUCCUGUUUCUGGGGCCGGUGGCUGCCGAUAUAACUGACGGCAACAGUGAACACCUCAAACGGGAGCAUUCGCUUAUCAAGCCCUACCACGGGGUCGGUUCCAGCUCCACGCUCCUCUGGGACUUCCAAGGCAGCACAAUGCUCACGAGCCAGUACGUGCGUCUGACCCCUGACGAGCGCAGCAAAGAGGGCUCUAUCUGGAACCACCUGCCUUGCUUCCUCAAGGACUGGGAGAUGCACGUUCACUUCAAAGUCCAUGGCGCAGGGAAGAAGAAUCUCCAUGGUGAUGGCAUUGCCUUGUGGUAUACCCGGGACCGCCUGGUGCCAGGGCCUGUGUUUGGAAGCAAAGACAACUUCCAUGGCUUAGCCAUCUUCCUGGACACGUAUCCCAAUGAUGAGACCACAGAGCGUGUGUUUCCGUACAUCUCCGUGAUGGUGAACAAUGGCUCCCUGUCCUACGACCACAGCAAGGAUGGCCGCUGGACCGAGCUGGCAGGCUGCACGGCUGACUUCCGCAACCGCGAUCACGACACCUUCCUGGCCGUGCGCUACUCCCGGGGUCGCCUGACGGUGAUGACUGACCUGGAGGACAAGAACGAGUGGAAGAACUGCAUUGACAUCACGGGCGUGCGCCUGCCCACUGGCUACUACUUUGGAGCCUCAGCCGGCACCGGCGACCUGUCUGACAAUCAUGACAUCAUCUCCAUGAAGCUGUUCCAGCUGAUGGUGGAGCACACGCCUGACGAGGAGAACAUUGACUGGACCAAGAUCGAGCCCAGCGUCAACUUGCUCAAGUCGCCCAAAGACAACGUGGACGACCCGACGGGGAACUUCCGCAGCGGGCCCCUGACGGGGUGGCGGGUGUUCCUGCUGCUGCUCUGCGCCCUCCUGGGCAUCAUCGUGUGUGCUGUGGUGGGGGCCGUGGUGUUUCAGAAGAGGCAGGAGCGGAACAAGCGUUUCUACUGAGCAGCGGGCGCUCGAUUUGGGGAAGGGCCCUGGCGCUAAUGUGAACUUUUUUUUUUAACUAGGAUUAUAAAAGAAAAAUAAGAUGACCUUAUUUCUUAACCAUUUCAAAGAAAUAAUUAAAGAAGUAUUUUCGUA